AUGAUAUUCAUGGAAAGCCCGGAUUUCUUUUUUUAUACUCUACAUUCUAUGGGAGCUGUAGCCUGCCCACUCCAAAUACUUGGCCUGUAUUGUAUUCUAUUCAAAACUCCACAAUCAAUGAAAUCGGUUAAAUGGGUUCUUUUCAAUGCUCAUAUUUGGUCCAUUUUGUUUGAUAUAUCAGUUACUGCACUAACCAUGCCAUUUCUAGUGUUCCCAGUUCUUGGGGCAGCACCAUUAGGCAUUUUAACAACUAUGUUCGGAGUUUCAAGUGAUUUUCAAAUCUAUUUGGAAUUCACACUUUUAUUCACGGUCUUGUUCUCAGAUAUGUUGAUUUUCGAAAAUCGUUACUAUCAAUUAUUUGCGAAAAAUAAAGUUUGGCGACAUUUUAGAAUGCCAAUGAUUAUUUUGAAUUACGGAAUCGUUGCUACAUUCAUGCUUCCGACGUUUUUGAAUACUCCUGAUCAGUUAACAGCUACUGAAUUAGCUUUCAAACAAGUUCCAAAUCUACCUGUCGAACUCAGAUCCAUGAACCUUUCAAUCUGGGCAACAGAUUAUCGACUCUUUCUGGGAUCUUUCAUCUUUAUCACAUCCUUCCAACUAAUGGAAUUUAUUCCUCUGAUUUUAAUAACCGACUGGAAUGUCCGAACAUCAAUCAAGAAAUCAACGCAGUCACGGCAAACAAUGCAGCUCCAAUUAAAGUUCUUAUUGGCUCUUUAUGCACAGAGCGGCGCAUUCUUCCUGACCUGCUUCACUCCUUACGUAUACAUUUUGUACUCCUGCUUUACAAACUAUUACAACCCCAUUGCAAACAACUUUAUAUUCAUUUUCGUAGCAUCACGUGGAUCAAUAUCGACAAUAAUUUUGCUAUCAGCAUAUAAACCUUACAAAAAGGAUGUGGUCAAUAAAUUUCAGUUACUUGGUACCUCGCUCGGUUGCUUGAAAAAGAAAAAAGUUGCGAAUCAAACUGGAAUUUUCAUAACUAAUCAGAACACAUCUUUUUGA